UCGUGUUUCAGGAAACAUAAACAGGAUGUUGAGCUUUAAGUUUUUAAUUUAAUGACAAGUUAAGUUGUACAUUUGAAGUGAGUUGUAACGGGGUACUGUGAAGUAUUAUUUGUGCAGUAUUUAUAAUGGUCAUAGGCGGAAUUCAACGCGCUUGAAGUGUUAUUGAAAUAAAAUAUACCUUAUAUAUUAACUAAGGUUCUUUCCUCUGUGGAAUGUAAUAUAAACUACACCUCACUGAGUCAUUGUAUCAGUUGUCUUGAAAUAUAUUUUACGACUACUACGUGAACUAAAAUUCAAGUAUAUUUCAACUGUGUUUACAUUUUUUCGUUUGUACAAAUCCAUUUGCACUUAACCUACCGAACAUCUGCAACGGUAAACGGGUUUAUUUAAUGAGAUAUGCUAAUGAUUUAACGGUUUUUAUGAACUAACCAAACGUUUGCGGUUUACACAUAUGACUGUUCUUUAGCAAUUCGAAGUUGGAGAGAAAGCGAGAGAGAGAGAUAGAGAGAAACGAUCCCCACAAAGUUGGAAGUAACCGAUCUAUAUAGGAAGUGCUGAUUAUAGUUAAAGAGACAUGGACGAGAGCCCGUUACAAGCUAGCGAUGGGCGGCGGUUUAAAGAGAUAUUGCCGAAUAAUUCGCCAUGCGAGAAAGAGACUGGUCCACUGAUUAAGUACCAACUGAUAACGAUGAUCAUUUCGGGGGCGACCAUUGCUAUACUCUGUAUUCUUGAGAAUCGCUCCGAACACACGAGAUGCAAGGCAUUAUGGCGCCGACCAGCAGUCAUCUUUCCAAUAAACAUGCUGGACCAUUGUUCGGACAAUUUCGGAUACAUGAUGUCAUUUGGAAGUAUCGCUGGAUAUUGUUUCGUGCUCUUCAACAUCAGAGGACUAUUAAGCGCUGGUCCAGCUUGGUAUCAAACCUUGCUGAUAAUGCUGUACGUACUGGUCAUCGGGUUUUUGUUUUACCCACUGUUCGCCUGUCUAACAACCAGCUGGGUGUUUGUGGGCUCCAUAUUGGGCCUGGGGUAUUGCACAUUCUGGUUAUACGUUCACUUUAUGCUUGUCAUAAACUGUCCAAACGGAGGAGAAAACGGUUUAACGGGCCAAGAAAUUGCGAAGCAAAUUCCGGUGCUCGUGUGUACAAUCGGUCUUGCAUUCUGGUACCUGUACGUCCUGAUACGGAACAGCAUCCGCGCAAUUAAAGCUCGAUCAGCGGGACCAUUUAUCGAACGCGUUGAACGUCGAAAGUACGGCACUCCAUAUAACAUCCAGUACGUUAAGAACCUGUUGGCGGGCACGAAGUUAUAUCAAAACAUGUCAUUCGACGCCUUGGACGGCGAACCAAGCUGGAAAACAAAGAUUCGUGCACUUUUGCGCCAGUAUAUCUAGGUAAAUGACCCGACAUUAAAAUAUUCGCCGAGGAUCAUUGGCAUUUUCACAGUAGUCUUGAUAUGUUCAUACCAGGUAAGAUAAAAUGAAACAAGGCUGUCAAGCUUAACAUACUUAUUACAUUUUAUUUACACUUAAAUGAAUCAUGAAUAUUGCUGGGCCAAGUGUGAGGUUGAGCGCUCUAAAAAUUGGUUUAAACCCCCAAUGCUCUGCAUUGACCGUUCCAAUGCGGUGACCCCAGCUUUAUUCAUUUAUGUGUUAUGUAUGCUGUUUUGUAUGGUGCUGUUUUGUGCUGUUUUGUGCUGUUUGGGCAAUUGGUCACUUGCCUUGCCUAAAAUAAAGGACUAACUUAUUGUGUAUAAUGAGAAUUAAAUACUGCUCCAGAAGCUGGAGUUUCACUCCUUUAUAUUAUAUUAGUUAAACUGUUUUAAGUUGUUUAAGAUCAAUUUCCAAUAAUCUCAAUUUAUCCUCCCAUAAUGUUCAUAUAACACAAAUGUGUGUUUUUAAAAAAUAAAAAUAAAUUAAGUUAAUAAAACAAAUGACUUCUGGCAGUUUUUAAGGCUGUAUUAACAAAGAGUCACGAAGUCAAAUUUUCUUGGUUUUUAAUGAGAUGCAACAUAUACUUUCCUGUCAGUACAUGUAACAAUAGUCUCUGAAAAAAUAAUGUUUUUUUGGAUGUA